AUGGCGCCAUCAGAGCUUAAGGGUGUCCUCGUCGCUCUCAUCACCCCUUUCACCCCGGACCAGAAGUCCAUCGACACGGCCGCCCUCGACGCACACAUCCAGCGCCUCAUUGCAGCAGGUAUCCAUGGUCUCGUACCAGGCGGUAGCACAGGUGAAUUCACCGCCCUCAGCGCCGAGGAGCGCAAAAUUCUCGUCGAACAGUCCGUCAAGUCCGCUGCAGGCCGUGUGCCCGUCGUCGCUGGUAUUGGCGACCUUUCCACUGUCCGCGCCGUCGAGCACGCUGUCCAUGCCGCCUCAGUUGGAGCCAGCGCCCUGAUGGUCGUUCCCCCCUUUUACGACGCGCCUAACUUGACUCAACUGCGCGAGCUUCUCAAAGAGAUCCACGAAGCUUCCAAGCUGCCCAUCGUCUACUACAAUAUUCCUUCCGCUAGCGGUGUCAGCCUGUCGCCCGCCGAGAUCGCCGGACUCUCCGAAGUUGGCGUUACGCACUUGAAGGAUACUUCCGGAAAUGCACCCGCUCUCACGGAGCUGCUCUUCAGCGCCGCCAGCACUUCGCGUAUCACGGCUUUCAACGGAUGGGACACCCUCACCUUCUACGGUCUCGCUGCCGGCGCUAAGGGCUCCGUGUGGGGCGCAACCAACAUCAUCCCUGAGCUGUCGAGCGAGUUGUGGAAGACGGUGGCUGAGGAGGCUGAUCUGAAGAAGGGAAGGGAGUUGUGGACCAAGAUCUUCCCUAUCUGCAAGUUCUUGGAGUCGCAUAACUAUGCUUCAGCCGUCAAGACCGGUAUGGAGCUUCGUGGAUGGAAGACGGGUGGACUUCGCAAGCCUUUUGCUCUGCUGGACGGCGAGGCAAGAAAGGAGCUUGCGACGUUAUUGAAGGAUGCCGGUGUUGAAGUUGUAGCUUGA